UUUUCCGUUUGCGUGAAAUAAUUAUUUAGCACGACUAUUAGUGGCGGGGAAAUAACGUAUGAGUUUUUGCGCUACAAUCAGGCCAAACUUCUUCGACUGCCUAUUCUGUGCUCGGGCCUAUUGCUGAUCAAAUUCAAGCUUUGCAGGGAAUAAUUUCAAUAUGGAAUUCGGUUGAAGCCUUCACGUAUUUUAAUGCUAUAUAAUCCAAACGACAGCCUACUAGCACCUGAUUGUAGGUCUGGGAAUGAUUAUUUCCUGAAACGAUAAUGAAUGAUUUCACAAGGCCUACUGCAUACUAUGGGCAGUCAUCGACAGUGUCGCGUAUGCAGCAGCAGUACUGGACCACCAAGCAGGCAUUCUUCCGCAAGAUUGGUCGCAAGGAAGAUGACUGCAUCAUUGCCAGUGAUGCUGAGCUUGAUGCCAAGCUCGAACUCUUCGGGGCCAUCCAGGAGUCCUGCACUAACUUGCUGCGGGUGCUGGAAAACUACCAAGACCGCAUAUUGGCACUUAGCCAAGAAGAGAAUGCAUUGGGACGUUUCCUGAAAGAGUGUGGAAAACAGGACAAGACCCGAGCUGGCAAAAUGAUGGGUGCAACAGGAAAGACAAUGAGCUACUCUGCGCAGCAAAGGCUGACCCUACGUGUGCCUCUAGUGCGCCUCUAUCAGGAAGUGGAAACCUAUCAAUUCCGUGCUAUUGCUGACACUCUGGCUACUGUUGAAAAGAUGGAGCGGUCCAGGACAGACUACCGAGGGGCUCUCCUUUGGAUGAAAGACAUCUCACAACAGCUGGACCCUGACACGUACAAACAGUUGGAGAAGUUCCGAAAAGUGCAAGGGCACGUGAAACGCACUAAGAUGCAGUUUGAGAAGCUGAAACUGGACACACUACAGAAGGUGGACUUGCUUGCAGCCUCACGCUGCAACAUGUUUUCUCAUGUGCUAGCCACUUACCAGAAUGCACUACUCUCCUUCUGGGAAAAAACCUCCUCCACUAUGACCAAUGUCGCUGAAAGCUUCAAAGGGUACCAGCACUAUGACUUCAUCGUUGUCAAGGAACUCCAAGAGCCAAGUAGAAAACUAGCUGAAGAAAUGGGCAAUGGCGAAGAAAAAGCAAGCAAAGAAGAUGGCGACAAAGACAGAUAUUCUAAAUCUUCAGCAUCAGGCACAAAAAACCAUAAGAUGUUGUUCUUCGAGUCGGAGUACCACGAUGACGAAGGCAAGCGGGACGCACGAGCCAAGGACAAAAAGCGCAAGAAGAAAGAGAAACCUCCUCGACGUGAUGGUGUGGCAGGCCCAGGUGGGGUAGACAGCAAAGAAGGCGCACGGUUGGACGCUGACACCAAGUCCCAGAGCAGCCUGGAUGAUGUGCCCCUGCUGAGCCUGGACGAGUCCACGUCAGAGGAACGGCCCCACUUUGCCUCAGAUGCACUGCGCAACGCUGGCAAGUUGCCUCUCUGGCGAGAAGACCUGCUGACUCACAACCCCGAGAUCAGUGACUUGGAGAAGGAUGACAUGACCUUACUGUCCGAGAUCCUUGCCUCAUCUGAGUCGAUCUACCCAGCUGCUUUUGAAGCAGGAGCACCUGAGGACAGCUUUGCCCAGCAGUGGCAGACAGCGUUUGGCCACCUGCCGCCUAGUCCUCAGAAAAGCCUCUCCUUUGGUGGCUCGCUGCUUACCAAGACCGAGCCCCUGGCCAACCCUCCAGCUACAGCAGCCACCACACCGCAGCCAGCCGGUGACGCCCCGUCACAGUUCCUUCCUUCACAGCUGCUUGACCUUGAAGAUGGCAUUGGAGUUCUCGAAAGCAAGGGCAUACCAGCUGAAGCCCUAGUCCAGAGCCUGGAGCCCAUUAAGCCUGCUGCUGUGACUACGCAAAAAGCCCAGCCAAUACCAGGACCCAUGAGCAGACCGAAUCUCAAGAAGGAUAAGAGAGACAUGUCUGCCUGGUUCAAUCUGUUUGCUGACCUGGACCCCCUAGCCAACCCAGAUGCCAUUGGGAAGAAGUCGACUGAAGAAGACCGAAACUGUUGAAAACCCUUGAGCAUUCUGAAAAGGCAGAUGCAUGUUCUGGCACCUACUCUGUGGGCAGUGUGUGAAAGGGCAGCACUGUGGAGCCACCCUGCAACAUUUGAACCGCUCAGCGACCUUCCCCUCAAAAUUUCUGGUUGUGCACAUUAAAGGAGCAGUUCAGCGUCCCUGAAUGAAUGCAGCCUGGGCUCUGUACAUGUAGUCGGUUUCUUGCAGCUGGUCUUUCAUACCUUCCUUGCAUUAUUUUCUUUUGUAUUUCUUGAUGCACCCUGAUUAAUGAAAUGUAACUGCAAGCAGUGGGACUUUGGACUUCCAUCUUCAGUAAUGUCUUCAGCAGGCUUUCUCCGUGUGAUUGCCAUGCUUGGUAAUAGAAGAGAGCCAUUCACAAGGCAGUGUUACGCUGUUGUGCAAGGAACUAAACUUGAACCAUGUCAGGUUGUGGCAGACAAAAGCCUUGGUGAAUGUUAAUAAAGAGAAUCGCUGUCCACUUUUUUCACUGUUGUACAGUCUGAAGAUUUUGUAUGCUGUGUUUUACCUAGAGCUGGUGUGUGUGCACAUUAUGUUGCAUGGUUUUGUGUGACACAGGUGGCUUAGGGGUAAACAAAGUACAGCUCAGUGGAGUGCACAUUCUCGAAAAUGGUGCUUGCCGUGAGCCAUUAAGAACUUUCAUGAUGUACCUACCCAUGUAGGUAGGCCUGUUUUGUGUAAAUGUUAAGGGACAUGUCACUAAAAAACGGCGUGCUCAUCAAAUCUUAUGUAGGUCAUGGAGGUGCAUUUAUGAUUAAAGUCCUGAUUACUGCUUUUAUGUUUUACUUUGUAAAGCAUAAUGAGUUAUUCAUGUACUUCUAAUCCAUGCAGUGUGUUAUAGUGCAAUUCCUUCCUACGUGACCUCCAAAGGUGUUUCUGCUACAGUGUGUUGGCACUUUUUGCCAGGAGUUCAGAGGGUGUGGGUGAAAAAAGCUACUAAAUUGUGUUCAGUUUUCUUUCCAUUUGACCGAUAAUUUAUAUUCUUUGACAGGCACCUUUUGAGCCUUAAUCAGAAAUGACCUAGUACAUGUGCAAGAGAGAACAAGUAUCAACAUCUUUUUUUAGGUCAUCAGACAGAACUCGUGGAUUCUGCCUUUAGAGUGAAGGGAAAGGCUCAAUUCACAAAGUCAAUGUCAGUACUUCCUUUUUCUUCUUUCUUGCAUCUCACCACUUUCCAUCGUUUUUGAAAAUGACAUUCCAAGUUGAAGAAUUCUAUUAUUUUUAGACGCAUUUAUGGAUAUGUGCAAUUGGAUUCUGCUUUUCUUGGUUGCUUUUCAUACAAGAGCUGUUGCACAUUUCUAGUCAUGCUUUUUAUUAUUUGUUGUGUUAACCUAUGAUAGGAAUUUUGUCUUUGCUCUGUGCUUUGUUUAUUUAUAAGAGCAUUUAUUUUAAUUUCUUGACCAUUAACUUUUAGCAUUGAUAGCAAUGCCAUUGGUUCUAACUGCUUUAUUAUAAACUUUCAUUUUUUUUUAGUGCUUCUGUUAAUGGGUGUGGAGGGGGGCACUCAUUUAAAUAAAGCCUGCCAUUUGGCAUAUGAUUUAAUGUUAGAACUGUCAUAUAGAAGUAAUUAAUUAAUCAUUGUACCAUUUUGCAGUUGUGUUGCUUGAAGAUUUUCUGUUGCGAAUGUGUCUUGUUCUACAUUAUGUGCAGAUUGUGCUGUUCUGGCUUUGCAGUGGCGGGAGGGGUUGUGCAGUACUGCUUUUGCUCACUGUGCAAGCAUUUUGUUUAAAUAAACAUGUGUAUUAAGUGA